CACGGGAGAAAGCGGAGCCCGGGCCACCGCCCUCCGAGACCCAGGCCGCCGCUCGACCCCGCCCCGCGCGGCCCGCGGGCUGCCGCCCCUCCCCCACCGGCAGGGCGAUGGGAGCCCCCGCACCUCCCCCGCUCCGAGGCUCCAGAGCCCCGGCAGCACCGCCUCCGCAUUCGUCCGCUGCCGCAGAGCCUCUUGGGAGUUGGAGUUCCAAGACCGUCUCUAGACGCCGCGGCACCGCGCCAGGGACUACCACUCCCACAAUGCAGCGCGCCGAGCGAGCCACACCCCCACGUGACGAAGUCCAGACGACCCGGACUACAGUUCCCGACGACCCUUGCGGCGCUCCCGCCCUCCCUCCCUCCCGAGACACGAGCCGAACUGGGCGUCAGGUCGGGGAGCCGGUCGGGUUCCCGCUCGCUGUCCCCGCCGCCGCCGCCCCCCACAGUGCCUCUCCCGCCUCUCCACAGCGCCGGUCGUGGGAGCUGCAUCCUCCACUCAGUUCGCUGUGGGGACUCCGGUUCGGGAUCAGCGAGCCUGCGACACGACACACCGACACCCCCGUCACCUCCAGCCCGGGCGACCCCUCCCCGGCCGGGUCCGCCCUCGCCCCUGCGCGGUGCCGGAGCUCCCCGGCCCUGAGCGUCCCGUGGGCCCGCUCCCGCACUCCGGCCUCGGCACUCCCACAGCCGCCGCCCCCCACCCGGAACAUGGACUCCGACUCCUGCGCCGCCGCCUUCCACCCCGAGGAGUACUCCCCCACUUGUAAGAGGCGCAGGACUGUGGAAGACUUCAACAAAUUCUGCACCUUCGUCUUGGCCUAUGCGGGCUACAUCCCCUACCCAAAGGAGGAGCUCCCCCUGAGGAGCAGCCCCAGCCCUGCCAACAGCACUGCAGGGACCAUUGACAGUGAUGGCUGGGACACUGGUUUCUCUGACAUCGCAUCUUCAGUGCCCGACCGAUGCUUCAGCCACCUUCAGCCUUCCCUCUUGCAGAGAGCUAAGCCCAGUGACUUCCUGCUGGACAGGAAGAAGACUGACAAGCUGAAGAAGAAGAAGAAGAGGAAGCGCAGGGACAGCGACCUGCCUGGGAAGGAGGGCUUCAGGGGGAGCCUGCUGAAGCUGGAAGCUGCAGACCCGUAUGUGGAGACCCCCUCAAGUCCCACUAUGCAGGAUAUUCCCCAGGCGUCUGCUGACCCCUGCUCAGGUUGGGACUCUGACACUCCCUCAAGUGGCUCUUGUGCUACUGUGUCACCUGAUCAGGUCACAGAAAUAAAAACUGAAGGAAAACGGACUAUUGUCCGCCAGGGGAAGCAGGUGGUGUUCCGAGACGAAGACAGCACUGGCAAUGACGAAGACAUAAUGGUGGACUCAGAUGAUGACUCCUGGGACCUCGUCACCUGUUUCUGCAUGAAGCCCUUUGCUGGCCGCCCUAUGAUUGAGUGUAACGAAUGCCACACCUGGAUUCACCUGUCCUGUGCGAAGAUCCGCAAGUCCAAUGUUCCGGAAGUGUUUGUCUGCCAAAAGUGCCGGGACUCCAAGUUUGAUAUCCGUCGUUCCAACCGGUCCCGAAUGGGCUCCCGGAAGCUGUUUCUGGACUGAUCUGGAGCUGUUGAGGAGAUGGGCGGGACCGGGAGGACCUGGGCUCUGGCCCCCCUUAGUUGAGCACAGAACUCCCAGCUCUGGUGCAGGCAGACCCUGCCACUCAGGUGCCUAAGCAAAGGACAAGCUGUUCAGGUAGAACUGUACGUAGCUAAUGAGCAGGUCAAGCACCAGGCCUGCUUCUGCUCACAGUGAGGCGCACAGUCAUUGUUAGCAGUUGCCGUGAGAGCCGGUGCUAGCUGCCAGUCCUGUCUCCUCUGUGCUCGGGAGUGGAGGUGUUGUUUCCCUGGCUGUGUUUAUUCUCAGUGUUGCUCUUUUAACACAAGUGUCUGUAGC